GUGGAGGGGGGGGGGAUGCGCACCUGUGUGACCCCAGCUUUGGGUGGGAGGUGACAAAAGCUGCUGUGUCACUUAGCAGCACCGGCCUCACAGCGCGCAGGGAUCCGUGUGGUUUUGUCCCAUUAAUGCAUUUCUGCCCGGAUUUGAUGAUUUUCCCUCCCCCUCAUGCUGUACAAAAGCAUCCCAUCCCGGCUUUGCUCUGAUAAUCACUCACCCUAUGGGGGUCUCUCUGUGCGCUUUGGAAGGAGCACAAGCUCAUCCCGUGGAAGUCAAAGCUGUUGGCAUUGAUUUGAAAGAAAACAAACAGGCUCCUUCCCCCCUGUUACCCAACAGCUCCUUGCAGACAGGAGGUGCUCGGUGGGGCUGUCAGGCUUACGCCGCAAUGCCGCUGUCGCAGAGCAGAGCCGGGCCGAUGCCGUGCAGCAGCAAAGUGUGCAGGAACCUCUUCGGCCCCGUGGACCACGAGCAGAUCCAGAACGACUUUGAGGAACUGCUGAGGCAGCAGCUGGAAGAAGCUCAGCGGCGCUGGAACUUCAACUUCGAAACGGAGACACCCCUGGAAGGGCAUUUCAAAUGGGAGAGGGUCCUGCUGGCAGAGCAGCCCUCGCGGGGGGGCUUCAGCUUGGCCAAGGCCACCAGCGGGGGCGAUCACGGGAGCUCAGCACCCCACAGGGUUCCCCCCAAGGAUGCUGCCGGCGGGGCUCAUCAUGGGGCAGCCCAGCAGAGCUCGGAGCUCGCCAGGGUCGGUUCUCCACAGCGCUUGAAACGUGGGCAGACCACGGUCAAAGACUUCUACAGCUCCAAGAGAAGAGUUGUCCACGACAAGCCCAAGCUGUGACUGCCGCUGCUGGGGAUGGAUGCGGAUGCUGACGUGCCCUGGGGGUGUCGUGGCUCCUUCCCUGCCCUGUGCUGUCUGAGCUGUCUGUAUGAAGCGAUGCUGAGUCUGUAGUUCCCUAUUUAUGAGUAGCUCUGGGCUCCUGAGGGGCCCACACUGUGUGCAAUGUAUAGGAGGAGCUGACGCUGGAGACCACGGAAAGGACUGAGGGGGACUGGAAUGGAGCAAGCGGGGCUGAGUGUCCCCUGCCCUGUGUUGGCGUGGUCCUUGCGGCAUCCUGGUGCCCAGCACUGCCUGUUGCCUGGCAUGGAGCAGCUCCAAAACCCUCAGUCUCACUGGUGUGGAUCACAGCUGGGUGUGAGCCCUACGUGGAGCUGCUCCCAGUGACUCAGCGAUGCAUUUGUCACAGAGUGGUGACAAACGUGCUGGAGGUGCCCCGUGGGGCCAGCGCUGCUCAGGAGGUGCUGGGCUGCUCCAGGCUCUGCUGCCCCAUGGCUGGUGCUGUUCCUGGCGUGCUGUUGGCUUGCUGCGCCUCGUUUGAUGCUGACACUAAGCUGGAUGGAGAGCUGCUGCUGCUUGGCACUGCCAGGCUGCUGGAGGGGCGGAGAGCUGCUCAGCAGCAGCUGGAAGAAGUGACAGCCUUCUCCUGGACUAUUUCCUACUUUGGAGCUGGGGGAGAGGACCCUGGCCUGGCUCUGCAGAGCAGCUGCUGUUGUCUCUGUGACCCAGGGAUGUCCUGGAGGAUGCAGCCCUGCUCCGAGGCUCUCGGUGCUGUUGCAUCUCAGCACUUUCACUGGGUUCCCCUCCUGCCCCUCUGUGCUGGGACUCGAAGGGGCGCAGGGUGAUCCCAGGCAGAGGAGGUGGGCGCUGCUCCCAGCUCGUACCGUGAUGCACUUUGCUGUCAGAGAUGCUGGCAGCUGCCCAGCACUAAAUGUUUAUUUAUGAAAACGCUAUUGAGGCUUCUUGGAAGGGGAAAUACCUGUUUGUCUGUGAGUGUAACUGAAUAAACACUUGUCUCGUGGAA